AUGCAGUUUGGAGAUCGCGUAGAGACGACGGCGCCAGUGGACUACGUGGAGAGCAUUGGUGGCUUCCUGCUCGACGUAGUCGGAGUGUGGCACUUCAACAUGUACAACGUGUUUGGCGAGGUGAUCAGUGUUGACGCUUGCAUCGUUAAAGGCUGUAACGACGAAUUUCUAUUUGGAGUGGACUUUAUGCGCACCCAUGGCUCUACCAUGGACUUCCACAACAACGAGAUACGCUACAGUGACGGUGGACUGCGCGUGGUCAUACCGUUCAAGACGUUUGACAAGGCCGGAGGUGCCAAGAUCGCUGUGGUGCGUAUGGCCAGGACGACGCGGUUGGACGGCACUGCUGUGACUCCGGUGGAGGUGGCGAUAACUGCAGACGACAGGGAGCAAGGGCUGUUCGUGCCAACGCAGCACGUCGGGCCUCUGAUGUUGGCGGCGACCGUGACGAGAGCGAAGAAUGGCAAGGCUUGGGUACUUGCGAUUAACUCGAGUGAUGAACAAACACGAUUACCGGUGAAGUGA